AUGGAUCUGGUUUCUUCAAGGGAGCAUCUCUGCUAUGUUCGCUGUGCAUAUUGCAGCACUGUUCUUGCGGUUGGAGUUCCAUGCAAGAGGUUAAUGGAUACUGUCACUGUAAAGUGUGGGCACUGUAACCAUCUCUCCUUCCUAAACCCUAGGCGCUUGCUUCAAGCUCAUUAUUCUGAUCACCAGUUAGGAUUUCAGGAUCCAUGUAAUGAUUGUAGGAAGGGACAGCUUUCAGCAGCAUCUUCAUCAACUUCUAUGGAGCAAGCACCGAAAGCACCUUUUGUUGUCAAACCUCCAGAAAAGAAGCAUCGCUUACCAUCAGCUUAUAAUCGCUUCAUGAGGUAA